CCUACCAGGUCCCCCAUGAGCUGUAGAGUGGCAGUACUUGGCACAAGACACGUUGGUAAAACUGCCAUCAUCUCUCAGUUCCGACAGAAAGAUUUAAAGGAUGAUAUGUCCAUCUACGACAUUCAAAGAGAGGUCUUUAAAACCCAUAACGCACGACUCCACUUAGACAUAGUUGAUGCCUCGGGCAUUUACAGAGCCUUUCCAAUGCUGAAAAGCUCCAUAAUUAACUGUGAUGCGUUUAUGCUGGUUUAUUCAGUGGACGAUCAAGACUCGUUUGAGGUGAUGCAGCGGCUACGACACGAAAUCAUCGAGUUGAAGAUGGAUAAAAACGUUCCCAUCGUCUUUGUUGCCAAUAAGCAGGAUCUCCCUGACGAUAAGAAGGUUGUGUCGUCCAAAUCAGCCGAGUACCUGAUCAGAAGAAAAUGGCGACACGGGUACGUUGAGGCAUCAUCGUCUAACUACGACCAGGUUUGUGAAGCAUUUAAACAAAUUGUAAGACAGAUGACUCCCAAUGUCUCACUGACUCCGGUUUUAAAGAAACGGAAAGCAUCUGCGCCAGAACAAGAACAGAGAGGUUUACCCCCACUGCUCAAUAGACUCUUGAAGCGAGGUAGUAUAUAAUGUGUUCACAUGGUGCUCAGGUAUUUCCCCAGAUAUUGUAGCAAACAAUCUUUCAUUUGUUAGCAAGGCGUCGCUAGUAUAGACAUUUGUCUCAAAUGUGUAAUUGGAUCUGAGUGUUAUCCAUCAGUUUUGGAGCAUUAUGUACUGUUCACUAUGUUUUUCAUGUAGGGACAACUUCGUCCAAUGUCGUAAAUUGUUGUGGUACUAUUUAUGCCAAUAGUAUUUCAUGUACUAUUUCCUGAUCAUCAUAUGUCUUAUGUGGGGAUUACGCAUUUACUUGUGGUAAAUUGUUUGGUUACUGUUUAUGUAAAUUAUGAUUCAUUUAUAAAAUGACUUAGGCUUCAGGAUGACUUAUACAGAUUUUACUAAAUAAACAUGACUGUAAUCUCCGAGAGCAAAACAAUUCCACUGUAUUUCCUUCAAAAUAUUUUGAAUUCGACAAUGAAAAACACGAAUGCAUUGAUUGCGUAUGUGCUAAAUGAAAACAGUAUUAACAUGUCUGCGUAUACAAAAAAUGUACAAUGUGUUUGUGUUUUCUCAUGAUUUAUUGUUGCGACUGCAACAUUACUAGCUACAUUAGGAUUCCGGUGCAGGAUAGGUUUCCAGUACCCCGGGGAUGUGGCAAGUGCCGAUUAAAUGAGGAUCGGGUAGUCACAGUAUGUGACCUUUUGGGGAUGUGCUUCUAAGCUGAAACUUGUGUCAGCAUACUGUGUCUGAGUGGGGUAUUCAUGUUAAACUGCGGCAUGGUAUCUCAUUGGGCUAGCACCAUAAAUCGGUAUCAGUCCGGACUAGUACAAGCAGCCACACACAAACAUGUUGCAUAAUCUUGGACGCGACGUUAAACCCAAAUUUCACCUCCUCUGUUUGUGUUAUAAGAUAUUAUUGUAAACGUGUGACUCUAACAACUUUAUCUGUAUUCAAGCUAUUUUGACGUUGUAAUAUUCUCUUUAAUAAAACUGUUUAA